GCAAAAGGCUUUUGCAGGAAAUCCGCCUCCGCAUAAAACCCUAGGAAGCUGCAAAUCGAAUCCUUUUUCGCUCUUUUCCGCUCGUCUUCUCUCUCCAAAAGAAUUCAAGAGAAAAUCUCACACCGGCCCUUUCGCAAUCUCCGCCGAGCAGGUUUAUUUGCUUCCAUCAGAAUGUCUUCUUUGAGUGCAAUAGCACCAGUGCUUCCCGUUUCCCCCAAGAGACCUAUAGGCAAACAAGAAAUUCAGCAUAGAGGGAGGAUUCGGCUUAUUGAAUGUGGUCUGGCAAUACCCAGCAUACAAUCUCAACCAUUUCGGUGUGGAAGCUUGGUUUCACAUGCUCGUCGGCCACCUUCCUCCAUGGUGGUCUGCGCUGCUGCUUUGAAUGCAAGAUGUGGAGCAGAGCAAACCCAAACCGUUACUCGCCAAUCUUCAACAAUCACCAUUGCGCCAAUUCAAGGCAAGGAAAAGUCACCUGAGCUUGAUGAUGGUGGAACUGGGUUCCCCCCACGUGACGAUGGCGAUGGCGGUGGCGGCGGUGGCGGCGGUGGCCAUGGAUGGUCAGGUGGGUUCUUCUUCUUUGGCCUGCUUGCUUUCCUUGGAUUUCUCAAGGAUCAAGAGAGUGAGGGGCCUUAUAGGAAUGAUCGGAGGAGAUAAGGAGCAUAUGAACAGGAAUAUGAUAAAUAUUGAUAGGGAAAAUUGCUUCUGUUUUAUUGUUCUCUUUUUAAUUAGAAAAUAUCAAAUAUAUUCGUUUGAUUCUGGUUUCUGUGAAAUAGAAAAGAUUGAAUUUCUCUAACCAUAGCCGAUGCACAUGGAGAUCCAGCAGGAAGAGAAUAGCAAGGACUGUAGUCCUCUACUACACUUGUUUCAAGCACUACAUAAGACACCCAGGCCCUGUGCUCGAUAAUCCACUCUGUCCAUCGGUUGAAUUUUGGUCAUUCUGAAUGAAAGGCUGGUGAAAUAUCCAUGUCCCCACAAACUCACCGGCACUUGGAAAUUUCAUAUGUGGGCUCCUGUUGUUGCAUGUUCUAUUGAAAAAUUAGAGUGGCCGCGCAUGAUGGUUGAUUGUAUAUCAUUAGUUACCAUUUUCCUUAA